GAAGAGGGGGGUACUUUGUUAUGAGUGGUGUUUUUAUGAGGCUGUAGGACAGGGGGAGGACCCAGUGCUCAGGAAAAAGGAGAGGGAGAAAAAGUUGUGAGAAGUUUCUGGAGGAGGAAACUCGUUCAGACCGACGGUUCGCGGAGGCAGCUCGGACGGGGAAGAUGGCGCGGCGCUGCGGCCGUGCCACGUCUCGGUUUACGGGAGAAAUACAAAUAUAUCCCAGACAGGCAGCGACAUUUGCGGUUUGGUUGUGUUUGUGUGUCGUUUUUCCUCCUGUCGCGGAGGCUGGACUUUACUCAACUUCUGACCAAGUCAUCCUGUUAACUCCGGAUAAUGUGGAAUCGGUUUUGGUGAACUCCACAGCUGCUAUAGUGGCGGAGUUUUACGCUUCGUGGUGCGGACACUGCGUCGCCUUUUCUCCGGUUUACAAAAGUCUGGCCAGAGACAUUAAAGAGUGGAAGCCAGCUGUGGACCUGGCAGCUAUUGACUGUGCUGCAGAGGAGAACAGGAAGGUCUGCAUGAGGUUCGGCAUCACAGGGUAUCCCACAAUAAAGUUCUUCCAUGCUUAUUCCAAAGGUGAUUCUAAAGAGCAAACUUUUAAAGCUUUCCCUCGUGAUGUUCGGGGGCUCCGUCACAAGAUCAUAGACAAACUUGAAGCCCAUGAAGAUCCCUGGCCCCCUGCCUGCCCCCCACUGGAGCCCACAAGCCAAGCAGAGAUUGACAGCUUCUUUGAGACCAACAACGUUCAACACCUGGCUCUGAUCUUCGAGGACGCUAAAUCCUAUGUCGGCCGCGAGGUAACUCUGGACCUGUUACAGUUUGAGAAUGUUGCAGUGCGAAGAGUCCUGAACACUGAGGAAGAUCUGGUUACCAAACUGGGAGUGACUGAAUUUCCAUCCUGCUACCUUUACUAUCCUGGAGGCAACUUCACCAGGCUCAAUGUCAACGUUGAGGCUCGUACUUUCUUCUCUUACGCCCUCCAGAGGCUGCCGGGGGUGGUGCGGUCAGGGAAGCCUCCACCGGACUCCAUAAACAUCCACACCAACAACACAGAGGAGCCCUGGAGACCCUUCAACAAGUCCAGGCUGUACAUGGCAGACCUGGAGUCAACGCUGCACUACUCUCUGCGUGUGGAGCUGGCUGCUCAUACUGUGAUCAAAGGAGAUGCGCUGAUUUCUUUCAAGAAGUACAUCUCUGUCCUGGCGAAGUACUUUCCAGGCCGUCCAGUGGUGAUGAACCUUUUGAGGUCUGUAAACUCUCAUCUUCAGAACCAGACUGGUGAUGAGAUCUCCUAUGAGGAACUCAGAGAGAUGCUGGAUAACCCGGCACAGUCUCCAGACACUGCUUUGCCCGAAGGACAGAGGUGGGUGGGCUGUCAGGGUUCAAAACCCUACCUAAGACGUUACCCUUGUGGGGUGUGGACCCUCUUCCAUGUUCUCACUGUCCAGGCCAAGAACGCUGGAGGCACAGAUCCCAAGGAAGUGCUGACUGCGAUGAGAAACUAUGUCCACAACUUCUUUGGCUGCAGACCGUGUGCUGAGCACUUUGAGAACAUGGCAAGGGAGAGUCUGGUGGAGGUGAGCUCGUUGUCGUCAGCGGUCCUGUGGCUUUGGUCCAGACACAAUCGGGUCAACAACAGACUGGCAGGUGCUCUGAGUGAAGACCCCAGCUUCCCAAAGAUCCAGUGGCCUUCACCAGAAAUGUGUCCAGCCUGCCAUACAGUGAGGGAGAACGGGGAGCACAGGUGGAACGAUGAGCAGGUUCUCUCCUUCCUCAUGUCCUACUUCUCGUCCAAAAGUAUCCUCACAGACUACCUCGACGAUGAAAGCCAGGUCCUGGCAAAACAGAGGGAAAAACAUGAGAAGCAGCAAGCUUUGGAAGCUCAGAAAUGUUUAGAGAGGAAAGCCAGGGAGGCCUUGGACUCCAUGACAAAUCCAUCACAACCCACUGUGCAAGAAGAGGAGGAGGAGGAGGAAGAGGGGCUGCAGGAUGAAGCAGUGGCAGAUGAAGAGGAGGAAGGUGGGGAGGGAGCAGCAGCAGCAAAUGAGAUGGACGGUAAUAAAUCCGAGCCGACCCCCUGGUCCAAACCUGAAUUGGAGGUGGGUAGAGGCCGGCGGCAGGCCCACGGGAGGCCGAGCAUUGUGGGGAUGAGGAUGCGAGAGCCGCAGGAGGACAUCGUGGAUCUCGACUCAUUUGUCAACCAGCACUACAAGGCCAAAGCGCUGCGGGUGGCUGCCUCCAGCCGGAUCAAACGACGCACCCUGCAGAGGAAAGAGGAGCAGGAGCCCGGGCCUGUGUUUGGGCUCGGCAUGGAGCUGGACGCAGGGCUCGGGAUGGUGGGCUUGCAGCCUAUAGAAGCAGACUUUGAGCUGGACGUGGGGCAGCAGAGAAAGCGACUGCAGAAGCGAGACCUGACAGGCCAGUACUUUGUUGAGGAGGCCGAGUUGAGCCACAGAGGACGCUGGAUGUCUGUGCUGAGCAUUGGAUUCUCCAGAUUGGACAUCAGCUUAUGUGUCAUUCUUUAUUUCCUGUCCUCCAUGUGUCUUCUGGCCAUGUACCUUUUCUUCAAAAACCGCCUCAGGCUACGUCGAGCUAAAGUAGCCCUGCCCUGAACCAAAGUGCAUUCAAAUUUCCCCUGAGUUAGCAAUGAUUAACAUUCAUUAGGUUCAUGUAGGCUAGUGUUGGGGUUAGUGUAAGGGGAUGUGUCAAGAUUAGUGCAAUCUUAGGUGGUCCACUUAACUGUUACCUACAGCCAAAGUAGGCGACAGCGUGUUUUACCCUAAAUGGUUGUUAUGUCUAACUGGAGGAGGAGAAGGGAAAAUUAGCAUAUUGCCUUCAAAAUCUUUGAAAAUCGGGUCAGUUAUUCAACCUUACAAUUAAUCGGGCCUCCAGAGCUUUUCAGGCAUCACCUCAACUGUGGAGAAUCUGUGCAUAUAGAUUUAUAUUUCCAUAAGUGGGUUUCUGUUUGGGGCUUGUGCCUGAUAAUCGUGUGCUUUUGAUUUUGUUUGACCACUUAUGAAGGAUGAAAUUAAACCCAGUGAGAUGAAUGAGGAUUUUUUUUAUUUGUAUGAAGACUAAUUUUUUUUUUUUUACUAAGCGAUUUUUGUUCUUUGUGAUUUCUUUUUUUUUAAUAUAUAUCUCACAGUAGGGUGAAGACUGUAGGAGGUCUUUUACGUCCCUCUGUACUAUGACCAAAUAAAUUUCAGUCCCAAUUUUUUGAUAUUUAGUAAAAACUAUUUGAAUCAUUUGAAUUUAAUACUCAAAUACUUGAUUGUUCUCUUGUUUACAUUAAUUCCAAUAAAUUAGAGAUUAAUUGUUUUUCCCUCCAAUCAAUCUCUGAGAGUUUUGUGUUUAUCAAGUUUUACAUUUCUGCGUUUCAUUUAAAAAUCAGAUGGUAAUCCCAGUCCCUAAGAGCUUUGUAGGUUUUUACAGUUUGUCGAAGUUGCAUCAUGUUGCAUCAUGUUGUUGAAUACUGUGACUGGACGAGCAGGUCCACUCUAACUUUCACCAGAGGAGAGCAGAUCAGCCCUUUGUUCUUCAGCUCCUUUACUUACUGUACGUUACACUGAGCGUUAUUAUGUCACGUCUUUGAAUAUUACAUCACACUGCUGAGUCCACAUAACAGCUACUCUGGUUGUUUAUGAAGUGUUGUGGAGCGACGCAUAUGUUCACACUGGACAAGGUUUUAGAAUAAGCAGGAUUUGUUUUUGGCUUGUGUCCACGAUGUAAAGCUUCGGCUGGUCAUCUCAAAAACACUGUUUUUUUCUGUUUGCUUCUUUGCUUCUGUCUGAAUCAAUAAAAUUAUUUUUGAUAAGGA